GCCUCCAGCCACUGGCCGUCGUCCCGCGGCCGCCCGGCAGUCCGGUGUAUGUGCGGCAACAACAUGUCGGCGCCGCUCCCCGCCAUCGUCCCGGCCGCCAGGAAGGCGACGGCCGCCGUGAGUUCGGGCGGAAAGGGGGCGAGACAGCACAGGCUUCGGGAACCCUGGUGGGCGGCGGCCCCCGCCCCGCUUUGUUCUCCGCCGGGCCGGGGCUGGGAGCGGCGACGGCGGCCUGGGGGUGACGCCGCAGCGAGGCCGGGCCCGGCUGGGGGCGGGCGGUGAGAGGCCCGCGCAGCGCCACAGGUCCUGGCGCUAUGGGCUCGGAGCGGCGUCCGGUGCUGGAAAGGUCGCGGUGUCAGCGGGCGGCGCCGCGCGGGCGAGGCGGGGCGGGGCGGCCGCGGUGCCGCGCGGCGCUUCGGAUGCCUCCUACGGGCGGCGGGGCGGGGGCGGCCGGGGGCUGCAGUCCGGUAACGUCGCCCUGCGGCCCGCGCGGGUGUGGGUGCCGUGCGAGCGGGACUCUCGCUUUCCUUAAGUCGUCUCAUAGCGCGAUUUUAUUUUUCGCAUGGAUGGUCAGAAGCACUUGCUGGUAUCAAAAGCCCCCAUGUAAAAUACAUUUGCCCACACGCGCCAUUUAUGCCAGUUACUUUGAACAUGAACAUGGCUAUGCCAUCAUGGUUUGAUAUCAUUGGACUUUCUCCAGAUUCACAGGAAGAUGAAGUUGGGAUCAAACAGGCAGCAGAGAAUGUUAAAGCACUGAUAGAUCAAGAAGUAAAAAAUGGAAUUCCUUCUAAUCGAAUUAUUCUGGGAGGCUUUUCUCAGGGCGGUGCUUUAUCAUUGUAUACAGCUCUUACAACGCAUCAAAAGUUAGCAGGUGUUGUAGCCCUCAGCUGUUGGCUUCCUCUCCGGACUUCUUUUGUUCAGGGUGCUGUUGGUGUCAACAAGGAGAUUCCUGUUCUUCAGUGCCAUGGGGACUGUGACCCACUCGUUCCUUUAAUGUUUGGUUCUCUUACUGUUGAGAAGCUAAAGAGUAUGAUAAAUCCAGCCAAUAUAACCUUCAGAACUUACUCUGGCAUGAUGCAUAGUUCAUGUAUUGAGGAGAUGAUGGAUAUAAAACAGUUCAUAGACAAACAUCUACCCCCUGUGGACUGAAAUGACACGUGAGAAGCCUUCUACAUAAACACCAGCAUCAACUGUGGUAGAAUUAGUCUUUUCACAUGCCUGAUAAGAAAGCAUUACUUCUGUACCUGCAGUGUUACUACUGUGUUGCAAAUUUAUACUUAGGACAAGGAGUAAAUUGUACACACGUUCAAUAAAUGAUAAUCUUUUUAGUAUUGAUCAUUCACUGAUGGAAUUGAAAAAUGAUGUAGCUAGGUAACAGUGAUAGAAUGUAACCUGAAUGUAACUAUUUUAAGACUUUUGAUUGCAGAAUUUUAAACUAUUUGUACAAUCGAAGACUAAACUUAUGUGAGCAACAUAAAUGCGACCGGUUUAGUGUACUUGAGACAUGAUUUGUUCUUAGUACUCAUUGAAAGUAAAUUAAAACAUUUUGUGUAUGUAAUGGAUGUAUAAAGUGCACAACAUGUAACAAAGUGAGCAUAUGAUUGUAGAAUAAAUGUUACUGAGGACAAAGCUUUAAAUGUUAAGCAUUAAUUGUUGCUCCAAAUAGGAAGGGCUUUUCUUCGAGAACGACUAUUAUAGUCAGUAGAAAUAUUUCCUAUAUUUAAAACACCUCAGUUUUAAAUGUUUUCAUACAGGUAGAUACUACGGAAAUUAUAAAGGGACUCAUUCCUCAUUCCACCAUCAUUUGUUGCUGCGCUGCUGCCAUUUGUUUUAGAUUACUAUAAAUUUAUGCCAAAUGCUGACUCAAACAGAAUUCUGAAGAAGUGCAUAGGAAUAAUUUGAGUUUUGUUUAAAAUCACUAUUUUCAUAUUGAAUAUUCAUCUUACACUUUAAAACUGUAGCUUUCACUUAUGUAGAAAUGUUGAUGAUAUAUUUUUACAUGAGCUAUUCCAGCAGAUAGUUUUGACUUUACUGCCUGCUUUGGAGUAACUAAAUGAAAACAGUACAGCUGUGUAGUUUUUAGUUUUGUGUAUUGUUGAAGUCUCAUCUGUAACACAUUCUUACCGUCUACUACUUUCUUUACUUUAUGUUGACACUUGAGAUUUGUCUGGAAAAGAACACAAUUUUAUUUUCAAUUGUAUGACUUUACAUUUCCCUAGAUUGUUUGUAGCCUAAAAAUAUGGUGACCUACUACUGGGGGGAAAAAAAUCUUCAAGAUACAAAAUGUCUCUUCUUUCAGAAGCUCACAAUUCUAGAGUGCACUGAAUUACAGGAAUCAAUGCAACAGUUUUCUUUGUUUUCUUUUGUGAUUUACUUUCUGAAAUAGGUGUUCCUUAGGGUUUAUAGGCCAUCACCACGUGAGGAAUGUUUAAAAAAAUACACAAUGGUUUUUACUACAUAGCAUGCUGCAUAACAAUGUUCUAUACUAAAAUAUGUUUGCAAGCAAAGGAUGUUCCUGUCUUGAAUGCAUCUGUGAUGAUCUGUUUUGUCAGCAUUGUGAUUCAUACCAACAUAAAAGGUACUUACCCCUCAGCCAGAUUAAUCAGUCGUCCUCUUACAGUACAUUUGGAUUUAUAUCAGAGGCAUCUGCCAGUACAAAUAUAUACAUUGGGAACUGCGGUCUUUAACAUAGCUGCUGCCAGAAAUCUGACACGUUCACCUUGUCUGAGUUCUCAGAUUUGAGUGCUUUUCUUCAUAUGCAUUGCACUUUGUUUUCAGGAGGCCAAUUUUCUAAUCCAGUUUCUCUGGAUUACUAAAUAUCUCUUAAUAUGUAAAAUUUAAGAAAUGAUUUAUUUGCAUGGUGUUGAAACAAUUCUAGAAAUUCUGUCUGUGCUGAGGAGAGUAUCAAGUUUGAAGUUUAAUUAAUCUUUUAACUUGGUCACUGUGUUCUAUAUACUUGCCAAUUUGUCUUUCAGCUAAUUUUCACAGAAGGAGCCAUAACGUUAUUGCAGUUGUGCCAAUGUUCUGUUGAGAAAAUAGUAUUUUCUAGCUUGGAGUCAUUCCCAAAUUGUAUUAGCUAAUUUUGCAGCCCUGCUGAAUUGCAAACUUGGUAAAAAAAAAAAAAAAAAAAAGCUGUAUAUUUCCCCUACUUUUUAGAUGGCUACUCAUUCCUCUCUGUCUAAGUUAUGCCCUGAAUAUUGGCGUGUUUCCACAGUUCUAUAUGUUCUUAUUUUUUUCCUGUACUGUUUUCUUGUCCUGUUUGUAAACUGUUCAGUAGCACCGUUCAUCUGCUCUUGUUCAUCCUCUAAUUGACUGUAUACUUGUUUGAUAUUUUUUUCUUCUGUUGGAAUAAUUUAAAAAAAUACUUCUAAGAGGCUAAAGUGAGAUCACUCCUAGCUUUGUUCUAUCUUAACGCUUUUCUCUGAAGCACUGUGUUCAUAGUUUGCAGUCAGUUUCUACUUCAUCUGCAUUUUUAGCUGUCAGCUUCAACUGUUUUCUCCAUGGUGCUUUCAAAUGUUCUUCUAUAAAUGCUUUAUAUGGUAAUUGCAUUUGAAUACCUGGCUAUCAUAACAAGGUUUUUUGUUACACUGUUGUUUUGCUGCUUACUUAAACCACAAAGAGCUGUGUUACCAAAGUGAAUGUAAGUAAAUGUCAUGACUUAUUUGAA